UCAAAUAUAACUCAAAGAACUCAAGGUGUCGCUGGACAGUUGAUAGUUGCCUGAUGCAUGAAAAUGUGUUUCAAGCAACGUGCACGCGCGAACCUUGAAAACUUCACAAUCAUUGAGGCGUUGUAGUACCUCAUUCUCUCUCUCCCUCUCUCCCCAGCUAAAUGCUUAUAACCGGGGUAAGCGACUGCAUUCUCUCCUGCAGUCGUCACUGAGGGAUCGCCGGGGCGCCGGAUUCCUGUGUGAACGCAAGGAUGCGGUGCUGCAAGUUUGGUUCAAUUGGGAUCUAUUUGUGGAUGGUGUUUUUUUUCAAAGGUUCUCUACAGGGGGAGUACCAGCGCAGACUGUACAAGGAGCUGAUGGCUAACUAUAACCGUCUGGAGAGGCCAGUGGUCAACGACUCCUCAGCCAUCCUGGUAGAACUAGGAAUGACACUGCUGCAGAUCAUAGAUGUGGAUGAGAAGAACCAAGUCUUGAUGACAAAUGCCUGGUUACAGCUUUACUGGACGGAUGCUUAUCUGAGCUGGAACCCAGAACAGUACCCCGGGGUUCAGAACCUACGCUUCCCUUCAAGCCAGAUCUGGACCCCUGACAUCCUGCUCUACAACAGUGCCGACGAGCGCUUCGACGCCACCUUCCACACCAACGUGCUGGUAAACGCCUCGGGCUACUGCCAGUACAUUCCGCCGGGCAUCCUGAAGAGCACCUGCUACAUUGACGUGCGCUGGUUCCCCUUCGACGUGCAGAAGUGCGACCUCAAGUUCGGCUCGUGGACCCACAACGGCUGGCUGCUGGACCUACAGAUGCUGGACGUGGACAUAUCUACAUAUAUCCCAAAUGGGGAGUGGGACCUCGUAGGAGUGCCAGCCAAGCGUAACGAGCUGUACUAUGACUGCUGUAAGGAGCCGUACCCCGACGUCACCUUCACGGUGACCAUGAGGAGGAGGACGCUGUACUACGGCCUGAACCUGCUCAUCCCCUGUGUGCUCAUCUCUGGGCUGGCCCUGCUGGUCUUCCUGCUGCCCGCUGACUCUGGGGAGAAGAUCUCCCUGGGUAUUACUGUGCUACUAUCUCUAACGGUCUUCAUGUUAUUGGUGGCUGAGAUCAUGCCGGCUACCUCUGACUCUGUGCCUCUCAUUGCCCAGUACUUUGCCAGCACCAUGAUGAUUGUGGGUAUGUCUGUGGUGGUGACAGUUAUAGUUCUGCAGUUCCACCAUCAUGACCCCCGAGGGGGCAAAAUGCCCAAGUGGGUCAGGAUAGUUCUCCUCAACUGGUGUGCCUGGUUCCUGCGUAUGAAACAACCCGGCGAGGAGCGCAGGCGUGCCGGCUACAAGUACCGCCACCCUCCGCAGCACCACUCCAGCGCCAGCUCCAUUGAGCUGGGCACCCUGCCCGGCCUCUCACAGCCCCUCUCUGUGCCCGUCUGCCCUCCCUGCCCCACAGGCACCUCCAACGGCAACAUGAGCCUCCACUACAGCUACCCCUCCUGCCCUCCCUCCAGUGACUCAGGGGUACUGUUGGGGGCGCCCCAAGCCCACAGCUCCACCCGGGAGGGGUUGGAGCUACCUGGGAGCGGGUCCAGUGGAGGAGUAGGCCUGGGGGGCAUGGGGGUGGGGUUGGGGAUUCCCCCGCCAGAGGUCCUGCGUAUCCUGGAGGAGGUGUCCUACAUCGCCCAGCGCUUCCGCAGCCAGGACGAGGAGGAGGCCAUCUGCAGCGAGUGGAAGUUUGCGGCGGCGGUGGUGGACCGCCUCUGCCUGGUGGCGUUCUCUCUCUUCUCCAUCAUCUGCACCUUCACCAUCCUCAUGGCGGCGCCCAACUUCAUUGAGGCCGUCUCCAAAGACUUCACAUAGCUGCCCCAUAGCUGCCCCGUGACGCGAUGGAGGCGGA